CCACACGCCGCCGCCGCUGUUGCGCUCUGCUCUCUGCUCCAGCUCGGCUUUACUCAGUUGUGCUCAGCCUGGAAUAUCUAGCCUUCUCGUUUUGAGGCGUGCUCACCGGGUACUGGAAACACUUCUACACCUCCUGAAAGUGGGGAUUCUUCGCUCCACACGCCGCUAUGCUUUUCCACGCGCUUGUCCGUGGCUGCGGGUCCGUGUUUGAGUAAAGUGCGGAUAUGGAUUGAUGUGAUUUGCUCCGCUCCGCCGCCUCUUCGCCAAGUUUGGAGCGCAGGACAGAGCUGCGGGUUUCCGGCUCGCUGAGCUUCUCCACGCCGACCAGAGCUUCAUGUGUCGGGGGGCGAGUUCGGGAAGGAGGCGCUGUUUUUUCCGGAGGGUUUUGUUGGUGGAAGCUGUUCGGGAGAAGUGCUGACCGCGCACCGGGGGAGCCGGAGGGGAGCGGGGAGAACCUGGAAAGCUUGGGAGAAGAGGGAAAGAAAGAGAGAGGGAUUAAAACACGGCUUUUUUGGCGUGAAGGAGUGAAGAAAACACAUUUUACUUACUAUUCUGUGUUUUGGAAAGUGAUGGCCGAGCGGGGAGCCCGGCUGCUCCUCUCUCUCCUCUGUUGCCUCACCUUUACGGGUUCCCAUGCUGAGAAAGGCCCUGCUUCGAGGCAAUUCAGCACAUUCUCGUUCUCCGUGGAACCCUCAGACACAUUGGCGGUGAGGGGUUCCCCAGCGCUGCUCAACUGCUCUGUUUACAGCGACAUCCCCGCCAAGGUACGUUGGAAGAAGGAUGGCACCUUCCUCAGCUUGGCAUCAGAUGACCGCAGGCAGAUCCUGCCCGACGGCUCACUGCUCAUCAGCUCAGUGAUGCACUCCAAACACAACAAACCAGAUGAAGGCAUCUACCAGUGUAUUGCCUCCAUCGACAGCCUGGGGAUGAUAAUCAGCCGCUCUGCUAGACUCAGCGUAGCAGGUAUGCCACGGUUCUCUGGCCAGCCCGAGGCAUCCUCAGUAUUUUUGGGAGACAGCCAAGUGCUGAGUUGUGAGGUCAACCCUGACUUGGUGGCUUUUAUCCGCUGGGAGCAUGAUAAGGAGCCGGUGCUGCUGGACCAGCGAGUGUUCACCCUGCCCAGUGGAGCUCUGGUGAUCAGCAAUGCCACGGAGGAGGAUGCAGGCCUGUACCGCUGUGUGCUGGAAAACGCAGGACCCACCAAGACUAGUGAGGAAGCGGAGCUCACGAUUCUACCUGAAACGUUGGAGGGGCGAGAGUUUAAGUUCCUUAAGCAGCCUGGGCCUGUGUCCAGAGUGGCUGGAGACAGUGUCCUUUUGCCCUGUGUGGUCACUGGAUAUCCUGCAGCCUACGUGCGAUGGAUGCUUGAUGACCAACCUGUUGAAGAGAGCAGUGACGGCCGCGUCCAGGUGCUUGGUGGGGGGAGCCUCCAGAUAUUUAACCUUACCGAAGAGGAUGCUGGGAUGUAUCGCUGUCUGGCAGAGAACAUGAACGACUCUAUCGAAGCCCAGGCUGAACUCACAGUGCAAGUUCCUCCUCAGUUUCUGAAGAGACCGGUCAGCACCUUCGCUCAUGAAGCUACAGACAUCGUAUUUGAGUGUGAGGUCACUGGCUCACCCGCCCCCACCAUCAAAUGGGUCAAGAAUGGAGACUCUGUGAUCCCCAGCGACUACUUCAGGAUAAUGAAGGAGCAGAACCUGCAGGUGCAGGGUUUGGUGAAAUCAGACGAGGGCUUUUAUCAGUGUCUGGCAGAGAAUGAAGCGGGGAACAUACAGGCCACUGCUCAGCUCGUCAUCCUGGACCAAGCCGCUCCCUCCCCCUCACCCACACUGACCCGUGCCACUACUGACCGUGUAACCCCAGGCUCCGGAGGCGGACCCACACCUUCUGCACCCCGGGACGUGGUGGCCUCACUGGUUUCCACCCGCUUCAUCAAGCUGACCUGGCGUCUGCCGCUCGAGCCGCACGGGGACGACAUCAGCUACUCCGUCUACUACAGCCUGGAGGGGGCUAAGAGGGAACGGAGGGUGAACACCAGCAGACCGGGAGAAAUGCAGGUCACCAUCCAGAACCUCAAGCCAGACACCAAGUAUGCCUUCCGGGUGGUGGCCCACAACAAGCACGGCCCAGGAGAGAGCUCCACACCGCUGAAAGUGGCCACCCAGGCAGAAGUCCAAGUACCAGGACCUGCACCCAACUUUCAGGCUGUGGUCGUGUCCCCCAGCUCAGUCAGCCUAAGCUGGGACAAGCCCCUGACUGGAAAUGGAGAGAUUCAGAGCUACAAGCUCUAUUACAUGGAGAAAGGACUGGACAAUGAGAAGGACGUGGAGGUUAGCGGGCUGUCCUACACCAUGACGGGUCUGAAAAAAUUCACAGACUACAGCUUCCGGGUUGUGGCCUAUAACAAGCAUGGACCAGGAGUCUCUACAGAAGAUGUAUCAGUGCGAACCUACUCUGAUGUUCCUGGUGCCCCACCUCAGAAUAUGACAGUGGAAGUACUAAAUUCAAAGAGCCUAAUGAUCCGAUGGCAGCCCCCUCCUCCAGAUGCUCAAAACGGAGAGGUCACCGGGUACAAGAUUCGUUACAGGAAAGGCGCGAGGAAGAGCGAAGUUUCAGAGAUCACAGCAGGAAAUCAGCUCAGUCAGCUCAUCGAUGGUUUGCAGCGUGGAACUGAAUACACAGUCCGUGUCUCAGCCAUCACAGUGAACGGCACAGGUCCCGCCACAGACUGGACCACCGCUGAGACUUUCGAGAGCGAUCUAGAUGAGUCUCGAGUGCCAGAUGUUCCCGGUUCCCUGCAUGUACGCCCUCUGGUCAACAGCAUCGUGGUCAGCUGGUCUCCCCCAGAGAACCAGGACAUCGUGGUCAGGGGUUAUAUCAUCGGCUACGGCAUCGGGAGUCCUCAUGCUCAGACCAUUAAAGUGGACUACAAGCAGAGAUACUACAGCAUUGAGAACCUGGAUCCCAGCUCGCACUACGUGAUCACGCUGAAGGCUUUCAACAACGUGGGCGAGGGCAUCCCCGUGUACGAGAGUGCCAUCACACGACCCCAGUCAGACCCCAUAGACCCUGAUGUUGAUUUGUACGAACUUUUCCAUCCUCCAUACACUCCAGUACCAGACCCUAUUCCCAUGAUGCCUCCUGUGGGCGUUCAGGCCUCAGUUCUGAGCCACGACACCAUCAAGGUCACGUGGGCCGAUAACUCUCUGCCCAAGAACCAGAAGAUCACAGACGCUCGCUACUACACCGUGCGCUGGAAGACCAACAUCCCAGCAAACACCAAGUAUAAGACGGCCAACACCACCACCCUUAGUCACAUGGUGACCGGACUGAAGCCCAACACCCUCUACGAGUUCUCCGUCAUGGUGACUAAAGGCAGGAAAACCAGCACCUGGAGCAUGACAGCUCAUGGGACGACAUUUGAAGCGACUCCCAGUUCUGCACCAAAAGACGUGACUGUGGUCAGUAAGGAGACUCGUCCGCGCACCAUUAUAGUGAACUGGCAGCCUCCCUCAGAGGCCAAUGGAAAAAUUACAGGCUACAUUAUCUACUACAGCACGGAUGUGAACGCUGAGGUGCACGACUGGGUCAUCGAGCCUGUGGUGGGGAACCGACUCACCCACCAGAUCCAGGACCUGACCCUCGACACCACAUACUACUUCAAGAUCCAGGCCCGCAACUCCAAGGGCAUGGGUCCCAUGUCUGAGGCUGUCCACUUUCGCACUCCUAAAGGUAUUCACACUGAAUCUUCUGACAAAAUGGCUAAUGACCAAGCUUCCAGCAUACCAGGGAAACCAGGCCGUAGCUAUCCCGUAGAUCCUGGCAUUGGUAAAGGCGUGAUUGGGUCUGGUGAUAAUCACAUCCUUGUCAUAGUCAUCAUCGUGUCUGUGGGGGCCUUUACCAUCAUCGUGGUUGUAGUGGGAGCCUUCUUGUGCACGCGACGCACCAGCUCCCAGCAGAAAAAGAAACGAGCAGCAAGCAAAUCCACCAAUGGCUCCCACAAAUACAAGGGAAACUCCAAAGAUCUGAAGCCUCCAGAUCUCUGGAUCCACCACGAACGCUUGGAGCUCAAGCCCAUCGAUAAAUCCCCCGAGCCCAAUCCGGUCAUGACUGACACCCCCAUCCCACGCACGUCCCAGGACAUCACUCCAGUGGACGGCACCAUGGACCCCAUGCUCCAGAGACGCAACUCGUACCGCGGCCAUGAGUCAGAGGACAGCAUGUCUACCCUGGCAGGGCGUCGGGGAAUGAGGCCUAAAAUGAUGAUGCCCUUCGAUGCCCAGCCCCCUCAGCCCGUGAUUAGUGCUCACCCCAUCCAUUCCCUUGAUAACCAUCACCACCAUUAUCACCUGGGCAGCCUGGCCUCCCCGACCCGCAGCUAUCUGCACCACCCGAGCAGCUCGCGGGCCCUCAGCACCCCCAUCUCUCAUCUAGACAGGGCCGAGUCCACAGAGUCAGUGAGAAACACUCCCAGUACUGACCUGCUCCCAGCCUCAGCCCAGCAGUCCUGCACCACUGACCACUCAGAGACGGACGUCAGCUACCACAGCUCAGCGGCCGAGGAGGAGUCCGGCUACAACCCCCCCACCGCCCACGUCCGGCCCACACACCCGCUCAAGAGCUUCGCCGUGCCAGCCGUCCCACCACACGGUACACCCUACGAGGGAGUGGCCCUGCCCAGCACCCCCCUGCUCUCUCAGACAGGUCCUCAUUCUGUCAAGACCGCCUCCAUCGGGACUCUGGGUAGAACAAGAACGCCCAUGCCUGUCAUAGUACCCAACGUUUCAGAUGGACAGGAAUCCAUCAAAAUACAUGAAGAUGAGGGCUACCUUUGAAUUCCUUCUUCAUACCUUAACCCAAUUCACCCCAAAGCAGCUCCGCCUAUCUCCAAACCUAAUCCCAAAGCCCCGCCCCUUUUAGCCCUCGCCCGUACUCCCAAGCCCCGCCCUCUUCCAUAAUCUCCCAAGCCUGAAACCUCCCCACCCCUCCCUGCCCCCCCGCAGUAACCCUCUUCCUCUUCCUCAGAACUACGAGACGGACGAGCUGUCGGAGGAAAUGGCCCACCUGGAGGGUUUAAUGAAGGACCUAAACGCCAUCACAACAGCCUGAGCACAACACACACACACUCAAACACACACUGACAAAAUAAAAAAACACCCUCGCAUAAUAUUACCCAUGCAGGGAGGGCCACCGAGGCACGGACUCCUCCUCCUCAAGUCCUUCAUAAAUCGAAGAAGGAGCAAAAGAGAGCGUGAAAGAGAGAGAAAGUGAGAAAAGACGAAAACGAACUAAACGUAUGAACACUUGGCUUGCCUUGCUAACUCUCAGGAAGGAAAUGGCCAUCGUUUGAAGAAGAUUUUUCUCUGUGUGGACACUGUUUUUUCCCCUCUUGACAGAAAAGUUCGGUACCCUUUGUCUAUUUUUCCCUUUUCCUCGCUAACGGACAGCGCUCCGGAAGACACCAUUUUGUUAUUCGAAAACAAAAACGGAAAAAAUCAGAAGAUUACAGUAUGCUGGUGUUCGUGUUGGUGCUCAAACGGCACAAUCUACAGUGUUUCAUUCGUGUCUUUCCUUUGUGCGUUUUUGUAUCUAUAUAUAAAUAUAUAUAUUGCCCCACCCCCUCCUUACUUCACAGUGAGGUGAACGUCGGACGUUGUCCUUUUUAUUUCCGUAACUCAUUUUUGUAUUAAGCAUUAAUUGAACGAUCUUUCCCUUUUUUUAUUGUAUGUCAUAUAUUGUGCCAUUUUCUUUCUUUAUUAUUUUUUAAAAGUAAUUUUUGUAUUGUUUUAUAUACAUAUACACUUAUAGAUAUGUAUAUAAGUUCAAAACUGCCUCAUCCUUUUUUUUGUUUAUUAUUUGUAUUAUUUUCCUUAAAAACAGCGACGUUGCUUCCCAGAGCGUGCUGCUCUGGUAGAGUCCGUACUCUUUAUUCUGAAACCAACAGGUCGACCGGAUAUCGAAUUGUGCAGCAUUGCUUUGACCUGGGUACGAACAUUAUGUUUGUUUGUUUGUUUAUAUUUUUUAACGGGAGUUCCUUAUAUUGCCUUAUGUUUUUGUUAUAUUCUGCUCUGGUACUGUGCAGUUACGGAGGGAGCGCUCGCUCAUGAUAUAGUGCACACUUAUACAUUUAUAAAGGCAUUACUUGUGCUGCGUUCCAUUUGAACUUGGAUGUUGGAAUUUUAGUGUUUCAAGUAAGACUUUUGCAUUGGGGAUGGCUCCACAAGCAUCAUACCUCUAUCAAUCUGUGUCUCGUUAAAUCAGUCAGUGGUACACACAGUACACUGUAAGCCUAGAUAAACUGAAGUUACUUAAAAUAUUUGAAGAAACUGGUUGCCUUAAUAAUGAAUGUGAAGUAAUGUUUACUAAAAACUUAGUUAAGUUAGUUUAGUUAUUACGUCUAAAUUUAAUUUCAUAAUUUCAUUGAUUUUUAUUUUCUUGUUAUCAAUCAUGUCAAGUAGUUUUAGUAUGAUAAUUCUACUUUGAAUGUUCAAGUGAGUAAAAUAAAUGUAUAUUUAGUCAUUCUUUUGAUGUAACUAAAGUGAAAUACAGAUUUGAAAUAAAAUGCUCUAGAGUUAACAUUAUAGUUGUUACUAUGUUAACAUUACUUGUUGUUACAGCCUACAACAGGCCAGACAGUUAAUCAUAAUAUAUGAUCUACAAGUUUACCUAACUUGUAACUGGGGGACACAAAUAGAUGGUGCCAGAAGCCAAUAGAAAAUACAGAUUAACCUGUAUAAGCUAAUCCAACACAUACAUUCAAACAGAGAUCUUUAAGUGCACACAAAUAUUCACUAUUUUAUAACUAAUUUACAGGGUUUACAGUGUACUGUAUGCACUGACAAUAGCUGACAAACCAAUUGUGGUAAAACUCUAAAGUCCUUAAAUUAUCUUUAGUUUCUUAGAGAUACGUUUAAAUGGUUAACUUGGGUGUGAUUAUUGUUUUCAACUUCUGAGCCAAAUGGAACAUGCAGCAUUAUUCCCAAGAAGCAUUAGGUGCCCAUGAUGCACUGGUUGUUGAUGCAGUAAGCCUCUAUAAAUGUUUAUAAGAGCAGGUUAAUAAAGCCUUAUGAAUGCUAGCCUGCGGUAGCAUUCCCAUAAUGUAAUACUGACUCCUCCACUCCCUGAACUCAGUUUAGCUGGUACGAAGUUUCUACUGUUCUACUACAGGUUUCCAGGUGCGUACGCAAAUUCCAGCGUGUUUUUUCAUUCAUUCAGGACCUCAAUACUUCAGAACGGAAGAAGUGCGGAUCUGUUACAUAGGAAUAUGCAGUAUAGACAGUAAUACUCUACAUCGAGGAAUUUUCUCUUUCAGUGCUGGACUCAUUUUACAGCUCCUCUCUCAAUGGGAAUAGGUACGCUUACGAGAUCUGUACGAAUUUGCUCUGUAUGUGUACGAUCACAUUCACAGCACUUUAGAAUGUAAAGUGCAAAUAGGCCUGUCACGAUAUGUAUUUUUCUUUUUUGGAUGAUAUAUUGUCCAAGAAAUAAUUGCCAUAAAUGAUAAAUGUUAAUCAUUUGAAGAACAUUUUUUGAUACCGAUAUAACAAUAAUAUGUAAAUGCAUAAUAGUAAUGCAUUUAUUCUGCAUUAUAAUGCAAAAAAUUAAUGCAGUUAUGUCCAGAAAUUGUAUGUCACUGACAUAAUCAUUAUUAUUGUGACAGGCCUAACUGCAGAUAAUAUUAACCUUUUAAACAGUAGUGUAGUCAAAGUUCUCUCUCCCCCCCCGUGCUUUUUUUUGUUUCUUUCUAUUGUAACAUAGCUGUUUUAUAUGAAGAAAUACCUUAUUCUGUAUGGAAUUUCAAUGUGAAAGGAAAAAAGAGAAAAAAAAAACAGCCGUUCCCCUUCUGCCCUUUUACCCAAAGAAAAAAAGAAAAUCACAGCAAUUCUAAUUAUUUGCUCUACUUUUUUCUUACUAUCAUGUCUCAUCUUCUGCUCAUCUUUUUGAAUGUCAGUAUGACUGUAAGGAAUGGGGUUUUAAUGUAGGAACAUGACCUGUUUGGGAUAAACUAAUACAGUUGUAGACAGUCAACCUAAACCUUUAUUGCACUUUUUUCAACGACUUUGGGGGAAAAAAAAACAUUUCUUACAUAUCCUGUGUUUUGAAUUGAAAGCUAUAUUUGUGUAAUGUAGUGUCAUAGCUUAGCGGUAGGCAGCUGGUCUUGUUCAUUUUUUGUUUCAUUUUCUUUCUGUUUUGCCUCUGAAAUGGUAUUUGAGCGACAGGUUUUACAGUGUUGCAGAUGAGGAAUUCUCCAUUUGUUGCUUAUUUCUGUACAAAUAUCUUUUUGCUGUCUGUAGAAUACUCUGUGGCUUUUUUAAAAAAUUGAAUUCUGAAAAAUAA